UCCAGACGUUUUUACUUUUGUGCGACUUCGAACAUUUUAACACUAAAUUAACUAAUUAGUAAACGUGCACUCUCUUCUCAGCGACCGCCUUAAAAAGAAUGAUGCUUUGCAAAAUUAUGUUCAUAUAGAUGGAAUAUUUGCACAUAGAUGGAAUAUUUGCACAGCUGAAGAGGUUCGCUGUGAUGCACGACUGCUUCCUCAGUCUCUCAGUGAGAGAGCACUUUAGUGAGAGUGGGAAGAAGAGGUGGGCGCGAGACUGAGAGGGAGAGAGAGCGUGCGCUAUGAUAGAACAAAGCAGUGACCAAUAGAAUAACAGAGGGGUGGGGCUUGCAAUUUCUCACCGUUCUACAUGGGCCCUUAAAGUUUGUUUGUUCACUGAAUGCGGCGUGUGAUGAAAAUGUGUUACUGAUCCCGUUCUUCAAUAAUCAAACGAAUCUGUUUUGCGAUAUUUGAUACAUUCUUUGGAAUUUCGAGAAGCCGACAGUUGCCAUUACGCACAAAACUCAUUUAUCCGACCUACAUUUUCCACCGUUUCCUUGAGGAACAAACGACUAGUUUAGAAAUGGUGCGCUUGCAAUCAUACAGGGGCUGAAUUACAACAACUUCUAUGCCAAUCACAAACGAGGAUAUGCGAUACGCUCCGGAAAGUCAAGCCGCGGAAAAAACUUCGGAAAUGAUUUCGGAAAGAGUUGGUCUAUUCGGACACUUUUGGUGAAUUGCAACUUCUGAGCACCAGUUUGAUACCCAGAAAGAUCAAAAGAUACGGUUGGUUUCAUGAACGACGACUUGACAUUCCUGCAGUGGCCAGGUUAAGCUCUAACGUAGCCACCUGAUGGUUGCUAAGAAGGGUUAAACUGUAUCUUCAGGGAGUUGGAAAAUCCAACCUUUUUUUUAUACGGAUCAACUCAUUGGGUGGAAGCAGCAAGAGAGACAAGAGUCCCCAGCAAAUCAGCGGCUAAUUGAUUAAAGAGACUUCAUUUGAAUAGGGGGCUGGCAAGGUGCCAAUCUCCUUUCAGAGGACCCUCCCUCCCAUGAUUAAUCGCAAGGCAUUAUUGAUAAUCAUAACAGGACACAUGCGCGGUGGAUGGGCUCGAUUUCCGUAAUUUUGAGCAGAUUUGAUAGUAAUUUUUUAUUCUUUCGUGGCUGAUGCGUGAGCCAGCAUGUCACGGAGGAAACAAGCGAAGCCGCAGCAUUUCCAGUCCGACUCGCAGCUGGUCCUAACGGAGCACAAUGGGGACACAGAGGCCAACUCCGAUGACUCCCCAUGCAAAGACUCGGGUGCCCAUGUCUGCACCAGAUGUUGUGCUGAGUUCUUUGAACUAUCAGAUCUUGAACAACACCAGAAGAAUUGCACUAAUAAUCAAUUAGUUCUAAUUGUGAAUGAAAAUCCAGUGUCUCCUUCUGGAACCUUCUCCCCAGGCUCCUCUCCUCAUAAUCCUGAUGAGCAGGUGAAUGACACAAAUAAUAACACCGAUCAAGCAGAGUUAGCAGACAUUUUGGAGCAGAACGAACUUGACAAAGAAGAGGCCAUGGACACAGAAAUAUCAGGAGUCUCUGCUACACAUAAUGAUGGAUGUGGACGUAUGGCGGGUGGCAGCCCACUCAGUGGUGCUGGAAGCAGUCACGGACCUCUGGGCAGCACUGGGUCUAAUCUGGCGAACUCUUCCAUCUCUGCCUCACUACCUCAGCUGGGCAGCUUGACCGAGCUGGGCAAUUUUUCCAUGAUCAACAGCAAUGUAAUCAUUGAAAACCUACAGAGCACCAAAGUGGCUGUGGCUCAGUUCUCUCAAGAGACAAGAUCAGCCGGAGGGCAGGGGGUGGCUGUGCCGGCCCUCAUGGAGCAACUCUUGGCCCUGCAGCAGCAGCAGAUCCAUCAGCUGCAGCUCAUUGAGCAGAUCCGUCACCAAAUUAUUUUGCUAGCCUCCCAGUCACCAGAGCUCCAAGUGCCACCUAGUUCUUCUCCUGUGAAUUUAGGUUCAGGUGCUAGCCCACUAACAACCCUUAGUUCCCAUUUGUCCCAACAGUUGGCAGCUGCUGCAGGGCUAGCACAAAGUAUAGCUAGCCAGUCUGCAAAUAUUAGCAGUUUGAAACAGAUGGCUAAUGUUGUGCAGCUACCUCAAAGCAAUUCCAGUGUGGGAGAGUCAUCUCAAAGCCUUAGAGCACCGGGGGCAGAUACAGUUAAUACCCAACCUUCGGACAAGAGCCCAGACAAUACAGUAAGCUUGCAUUCUCAGUUGGGAAACCCAUCACUUGCAAAGUCAUCCACACCAGCCUUUGGGAUGGGAAGCCUUUUGAAUCCUGUGGCUAAUACCCUUCUACCUCAGCCCCCACAAUGCAACACAAUGUUUUCCAGUGCACUACCCAGUGUUGGUACCACAGUUGAGGAUCUCAACUCACUGGCACAACAAAGAAAAGGCAAGCCGCCCAAUGUCGCCUCAUUUGAACCGAAGAGUAGUUCUGAGGAUUCAUUUUUCAAACAUAAGUGCAGGUUUUGUGGCAAAGUGUUUGGCAGUGACAGUGCAUUGCAGAUUCACUUACGUUCUCAUACAGGUGAGAGACCAUACAAGUGCAACAUCUGUGGCAACCGCUUUUCAACCCGUGGCAAUUUAAAGGUUCAUUUUCAGCGUCAUAAAGAGAAGUAUCCACACAUUCAAAUGAACCCUUACCCUGUUCCAGAGCAUUUAGACAAUAUUCCAACAAGUACUGGAAUUCCCUAUGGGAUGUCUAUGCCUCCUGAGAAGCCAGUUACUAGCUGGCUGGAUAGUAAGCCUGUUCUGUCUUCUCUGACGUCUUCUGUUGGCAUGUUGCUUCCACCAACUAUGCCAAGUCUGCCUCCAUUUAUUAAGAAGGAAGAGCAUAACUCAGUGGAUAUAAGCAGUCCUUCUCAUUCUGCUAAAAGUGACUCAGGUCCAGUUGAUGUACACACAAAUAUUACAGAUAGUGUGUCAGAAGAAGGCGAGAGCACAAACCUGCCUACCUCAAAUGGAAAAACUGAAGAAAACAACCGAUCUUCUAGUUUAAUGACCAAUGUAAGCUCAGCAGGAGAUGGCAUAAUUAAGUACACCACCUCCAACAGCCCUCCAAUGGCCACUAACCCAUUAAUGCCCCUAAUGUCAGAGCAGUUCAAAGCUAAGUUUCCUUUCGGAGGUCUCCUUGAUCCUCUCCAAGGCUCAGAAACAUCCAAACUUCAGCAACUAGUUGAAAACAUUGACAGGAAGGUGACUGACCCCAAUGAAUGUGUUAUCUGCAACCGUGUUCUUAGUUGCCAGAGCGCACUGAAAAUGCACUACCGCACCCACACCGGGGAGAGGCCUUUCAAAUGUAAAGUGUGUGGUCGUGCCUUCACCACCAAGGGCAACUUGAAGACUCAUUACAGUGUCCAUCGAGCUAUGCCACCACUGAGGGUUCAGCACUCUUGUCCUAUAUGCCAGAAGAAGUUCACAAAUGCUGUGGUACUGCAGCAGCACAUCCGAAUGCACAUGGGUGGCCAGAUCCCCAACACCCCUCUUCCUGACAACUACCCAGAAUCCAUGGGCUCUGAUGCUGGAUCAUUUGAUGAGAGAAACUUUGAUGAUCUUGACAACUUCUCUGAUGAAAACAUGGAGGGAAUUGAAGAUGGACCAGACAGCAGCAUCCCGGACACACCAAAGUCAGCUGAUGCAUCUCAAGACAGUCUCUGUUCAUCUCCUACUCCACAGGAGUCAUCAGGCAUAGAGAGCCAGGAGAAGAGUGCCAACCAUGGAGAAGGAGAUGAAGUACAGUUAGGGCAAGAAAAGCCAAUGGAGAAUGGAUUAAUGGAUGGAGACAGACUCACAAAUUACUCCUCUUCACUUGGAGGUGAUAUUGAAAGCCAAAGUGCCGGAAGUCCCGCUGUCUCUGAAUCUACCUCUUCAAUGCAAGCUCCAUCGCCCUCUAAUGGUACUAACCAACAACAAAAAUCUCCGACUCUGGAGGAUUGCCAGCAGAAGGCAUUGUCAUUGGAGCACAUUAGUGCAGGUUUUAUGCAGUCUCAUGCUGCCAGCCCUGGAGCUCUGGAUCUUACUUCAAUAAACCCAUCUAAAGAUCCUCUUAGUAUGCUUUUCCCCUUCCGUGAGCGAGGCACCUUGAAGAAUACAGCAUGUGACAUUUGUGGGAAGACAUUUGCCUGUCAGAGUGCCUUGGACAUCCACUACCGAAGUCAUACCAAAGAGAGGCCGUUCAUUUGCACAGUAUGCAACCGGGGCUUCUCUACCAAGGGGAACUUAAAGCAACAUAUGCUGACCCACCAGAUGCGAGAUCUGCCCUCUCAGCUCUUUGAGCCCAACACCAGUCUUGCCUCCAGCCCUACUUCAUCCCUUCUCUCUGUUGGACCUUUGUCCUCCAUGAUGAAGACUGAAGUCAAUGGCUUUUUACAUGGUCUUCAACCUGAUGUAAAAGACUUGCCAUCAGGACUGGUGACCUCAUCUGCUUCCACUUCUCCAGUGCUUUCGGCUGCCCCACCACGGAGGACGCCUAAGCAGCACUACUGUAACACCUGUGGCAAGACAUUUUCAUCCUCCAGUGCCCUACAGAUCCAUGAGAGAACCCAUACUGGAGAGAAACCCUUUGCUUGCACCAUCUGUGGACGAGCUUUCACCACCAAAGGAAAUCUCAAGGUGCAUAUGGGUACCCACAUGUGGAACAGUGCUCCUGCUCGGCGUGGUCGCAGACUUUCAGUAGAUGGCCCCAUGGCUUUCCUGGGCACCAACCCUGUAAAGUUCCCUGAGCUCUUCCAAAAGGACCUAACUGGCAGGGCUUGCAAUGGAGAUCCAACCAGCUUCUGGAAUCAGUAUGCUGCUGCUUUCUCUAAUGGCCUGGCUAUGAAGACUAAUGAGAUUUCUGUGAUCCAGAAUGGAGGGCUGCCACCUCCAUUGUCAGGAAUUGUAGGCAAUGGGGGCAGUUCUCCGAUCGGAGGCUUGACAGGCAGCAUGGAAAAGUUGCAUAACUCUGAGCACAAUCCCGCUCUGGCGGGCCUAGAGAAAAUGGCCAACAACGAAAACGGGGCUCACUUCCACUUCACACGCUUCAUGGAGGACAAGGAAAUUGUGACCAACUAGAAUAUUUUUGUUGUACUUAUGAACAAACAAAUGCAAUCUUUAACAGGCACACAAGUGCCCCUGUAUUUGCAUCAAAGAAACAGGAAAGCAAGAAAAAAAAACUGUAUCAGCUUUUGCUUGCCAUUAAGACUGAAGAGGAGUUUGAAAAGAACAUGCUUUUUGUACAGUGUACAACAUGUUAUAGUUUCACUGAGCUUAUUUAUUACUAAUUAUAACCUUGCUUGAAAACCAAGUGGAAAUAAUAACAGUUACUUUGUUUUUAAUGUUAUUUUCUGUAUGAGUGUUUUAAAGUGUGUUUUUGAAACUUAGCUUUUCUUCGUAGAAGACUACCAUGGCAUUAAAUUAUUUUCUCUCUGUAGUAUGUGUUAAUAACUUGAUGUUCAUGUAACAAUUUAGAGCUUAAAAUGUGCAACAUAAGGCUGUAAAUAUGUACACCUACCUGCUAGAUGGUUUACAAGCUGUGUAGUAAAAUUUCUCUUGAAAUAUUAACAUUUCAUCAAUCCAGGGACAUAGUUUAGUCCUUUACUUGUCUUAAAAGUUUUAAAAAGAGAAGGGUUUUCACCUCAGCUGUUUCUUUUAGACCUAGUAUUUUUCUCUGAAUUACUUUUAUUUAGCUUUUUACUACGUUCAGUUUUCACUUUUUAUUUAUGCAUUCAGAAUACAAAGAAUAAACGUUUGUUAGAUGAGAGAAGGCCAUCAAGAGGUCCACACUCGGGCUAAGAAAUGAGAGGGGGAAAAAAUCAAAAUGCCUUGUGUGUUAUCUUAGAGAUUUCAAUUUGCUAGGCUUUCAAAUUGCUGCUAAGUAAUAGCAUCUUCGUUUGACAUCAUGCAAAUCGUGUGUUGACACUCCCUAUACAUAUUUUGUCAGAUGUGGAGCAACAAAUUUCUUUACAAUUGUACAUAGUCUUACUCGAAGACAAAGUCCAUCUCUGUCAGGGACAAAUGAGGAUAGUCUUUUUAUAAAUAAAUAAAUAUAUAUAUAUAUAUAUAUAUAUAUAUAUAUAUAUAUAUAUAUAUAUAUAUAUAUAUAGACUGUUACAAGCACUUUCUUGGAAAGUUGGAAGAUCUUUUAGGGCCCAGUUUCUCUACAAUUUAAUACCUACUAACAACUACGAUACUGUAAUUCUUUACUCUAAUAAUCAAAUACAUCAGUUUUCCAAAAGAAAGUGUGUGUCGUUCUUUUUGAUUCAUUUGUAGCCUAUUGUGCUUUUUUCCGAGUUUAUCCUUACAUUUUCAAAUGUAAAAUGUUUACCCAUUCAAUGCCCUGUUUUCAGCUCACUGCCGAAUACAUUUUUGGUUGAUGGAGUAUGGAGAUGAAUUCUCCCGACGUAAAUAAAAAGUGUAAAAACUAGAAGUCAGUUACUUAACAUGAACAUGUCAGAUGCAAAUGCAAUUACAGGGCGCUUCAUUAAAAAACAAGCAGAACAAACAAGUCAGAUUUCUGAGUUCACCAUUCUUGCGAUUGACGGGCUUCAGCAUCUUUAAUUAAACAAUCGAUCGUUUUAGAAACCUCUCUCUUUCAGCGUUUGUUUAGAUGGAUUGAUUAGACAGCCGAACCUGUCUCAUGAAACUUUUCAUAUAGAAGGCCAGGCUAACACUGACAUGUUUUUUUUUUAUUAUUAUUUUAUUUUUUUAUUUUAUUUUUUUUGUAGCCAGACAAUAAAUGUCUUUUUUUUCCUUCAAUAUAGCCUGCCUAUCUAUCUAUCUAUCUAUCUAUCUAUCUAUCUAUCUGUCUGUCUGUCUGUCUGUCUGUCUGUCUGUCUAAAAAAGAAGCCAAAUGUAAAAUAUAUCCUGCUUUUUUUCAUGUUGCAAUUCAUUUAACACACCAUUGCACUUCCUGCAAUGAAGGAUCUGUUAGUUCGAGCUCUGCAUACUCUUUUCCUCACCCCACGCCCCCUCCUUUCCGGAUUUUAGGCUAUAGCUGGCUAAAUUCCCCAAUAUUUACAAGAUUGUGAUGCUAAAUGAGCCUUGCAAACAGUCCGGAGACAGCUGAGCUGGUCCCCGCCUCUCUCAGUCUGUGUCCUCUCUUUUUGACCACUCCAUCAGCUGGAUCGACAUUUUUUUUAAAAAAAUGUAUUUUUUUAUUUUUUAUUUUUUUAUUGAUUCAUAGACUUAACACAAAGAAAAAACCACAACAUAUAUAUAAUGAAUCACAUUUAACAUUAAACCCCC